AUGGCCCAUGUACUAUACCAAAUCUUACUCACCUUCUGUGUUCCUAUUUGCUGUUCGUUUCCUGCCGCUUCCACGCCUGUCUCAACCUCUCAUGGCAGCGGAGAGGCCACAGUUGACUUCUCCUGUGACGGCUCCUCCUCCUCCGCUCCCCCCUCCACCUCCCCUCCCUCCUCCCCUUCACCUCCCUCCACCUCCCCACCUUCCUCCCCUGCGCCUCCCUCCACCUCCCCCCCAUCCUCCUCCUCCUGUGCCGCCUCCACCCUCACCGGAUACACCUACUCCGCACCCCUGGACUCCUCGCUCACACUCCACUGGAACACAGCCAACGCCACACAGGUCAACCUGGCUCUAGAAGCAGCAGCAGGCAGCACGGCAGCAGCGGGGUGGUUCGCCCUAGCAUGGUCUGCAGACGGUCGCAUGGCCCCCGCUGAUGCUGUCAUUGGCAACCUGCCUGGGGGGGCCGUGAGGGGUUAUUAUAUGGGCGGGUAUGCGAUGAGCGAUGUGCAGCCUACAAGCGGAUUCAGUAUUGGGAGUGGUGCGGCGCUGACAACUGCAGCUGGUGGCUCCAAAGUCAUGAAUGGCGAGAUUACCCUGGACUUCUCAUGCACCACUUCCUCGACCGGUGGCGGCUCCGGUGGUGGCAUUGGCGGCGGUGACAACAACGGAGGUGGCUUUGGCGAGGGGCACCACGGGCAUGGUCAUGGGCAUGGGGGUGGCGAUAGGGAUGGCGAUAGGGAUGGCGAUGGGCCUGGCGAUAGGGAUGGCGAUAGGGAUGGCGAUGGGCCUGGGGGGCUUGGAGGGCGUGGGGGUCCGGGAGGUCCUGGGGGUCAUGGUCGUGAUGGGGAUGGUGGGGUUGGAGGGGUUGGAGGGGUUUACUGGCACGUGCUGAUGAGGACCACGGACACGGAGAUGGGCACGGGGGUGGCGAUGGCGAUAGGGAUGGCGAUGGGCCUGGGGGGCUUGGAGGGCGUGGGGGUCCAAGAGGUCUUGGGGGUCAUGGCCAUGAUGGGGAUGGAGGGGUUGGAGGGGGUGUGGUGGGGAACUCUACUGGUGGUGGGUGGGGUGGCAGUGGCUGGGGUGGUUGGUGGAACUGGUUGGGCCGGUGGUAGUUUACCAAUGAAGACCAUGAUGGAGGUCAUGGAGGCAUGGAGGUCCCGAGGGCCAUGGUUAUGA